AUGUGCUGUAAUUUGCACAGAAAUAAAGGGCCCAGCGUGUCCUUUCGAAGCGCAUGCGUUUCGUUAUUCAUCGCUGCGCUCCUUGCCAUGGUCUCUUUUAUCACCUGGCAAGAAAGCCUGACAGCGGUACAAGAAGGCUUCAGAAAGCACCAGAAACGAUCUCUCGACAAAGAAGUGACCACGACACAAAUGCCGAUCAUGACGGCAAAGAUUCAUGAAGAAAAUGACAAGAAACAUAAGAAACACAAGUCCUAUGGAAAGCUCCAUUUCGAAGAUUCAAAAACUGUCGACGACGAAAUCAGCCAAAAAAUGGCAGCCAAACACCAGCAAUUAAUUCAGCCCCUCACAAAAAAGGAUGAAGAAGAUUGGAAGAAGAAAAUCUGGACUACGGCGCAAAUGGAGUCUCACGCCGAUGCCGAGCCUGUUGAAAUUCUAUGGUGGUUUGCGCAUACUGGACAUAACGUGCGACAAGACUCUAAGUGGGAAAAUCACGAGCAAUGUGGAACGUGCAUCUUAACUACGGAUCGGAGCAAAGAACAGACAGCUGACGCAAUCGUGAUUCCGAAUGGACCGCUCCAAAGUGUUCUUAAACACGGCGUUAACCGUCUUUCGCAACGUGCGGGGGACGGUGGCGACAGCGAUGCCGGCUUCCCGGAUUUGGAAAAUAGAAAUCUUUCGCAGAUCUGGGCCUUUGAGAACAAGGAAUCUGCUAUCAAGGGAUCAGAACAACCAUCAACAAUUCCUCGAGAAGUUGAUUCCGCCUUCAAUGUGACAAUGACCUACCGUCUCGAUUCCGACAUUUCCCGUCGAUUUGGCGACAUCGAGUCCGUCAUCACUAGCGCUAGAUUUGAUGAAAAGGGUGAGUUGGUGAUGUCUGACGAGGAUUAUGCUCGUCAAUUGAUGGCAAACAAGUACCCAGCUGGUAACGAAUUCAACACGGCUUGGUUCGUCUCCAACUGCGGAAAGACUCCUGGAGCCGUAAAGCGAUUCGAAUACGGCGCCCAAUUAAUUGCCGACGGUUUGAAACUCUACUCAGAAGGAGAAUGCUUUGGGCAUGCUACUCCUAAGGCUUUUGGAAAGGGAGGGUCAGAGCUUUUCCCGCUCAAGAAACUGAAAUUUUACUUGGCUUUUGAAAACGCCUUCCAUUGCAACGACUACAUUAGCGAAAAGUUCUGGCGCAAUUCAUUCAACAACGAAUUGGUUCCAGUCGUCUACGGCCCUCAUCCAGAUGAUGUCAAAGCUGUUGCUCCUCCGAACUCCUACAUUCUAGCAGAGGACUUUGACUCACCAAAAGAACUCGUGGAAUACUUGGAAUAUCUCGAUAAGAACAACACAGCUUACAUGGAGUACCACGCCUGGCGAAAUCUGUACACUGAAGGGCCCAAGACAGCUGACGGCUGCCUGCAGAACCUUGGCACCGUCAAUCGAACAAUCUGCCUCCUCUGCCGCCGCGUGCGGGAGAUGCGUGCCCAAAAGAAGAAGCAAAGCAUCAAAAGUGUGAUGAGUUACUGGAAGUACAACGUCCACAAAGAGUGCAAGGAGGACGUCAACUUCCAGGACUAUCAGACCAAGAUCAAACGCAACAUCGUCUCUUGGCACGAAGAAUACUAA